AUGGUCGAGUCUCGACAGACAAGUGAUACUCUUGCUAGGCCGCUCGAUGCUUGGAGGGACAAGUUGAAGGAUCGUGGUCCGUGGAGCAAUCGUUGCGACACGUAGGCAAGGCCACCAAUCUAUCACUAUCGGCUGCCUUUCGGUGUCGAAUCUGGCGGCAUAUAGAUCACGCCGAGCGCAUGCGUUCGGUUGUUAUCAGUAGCCAAGAGCUGGUGAAGUUAUCUGCGUGUCGACAUCGAAGAUCAACGUCUCAUCAUUAGAGCUCCGGAGGUGAUGCCUUCACUGCUCGUUGAGGAGCAAUUACCCCCUCAAUGA